AUGAAGACCCAGCAGGUCUCCCUCCCGGCCCUCCAGCUCGCCGCCGCCCUCUACUUCGCCGAGGGGUCCGCCGCCGCCCCCACCGAGCCGGCCAGGGGAAUGAGCGUCCACUGCGUCGACGCCUCGGGCACCGAGGUCGCCGGCAGCCUCUGCGACGGCAACCAGAAGCGCGGCACCUACUUCUUCGCCACCCGCGACGUCAUCGACAGCACCGACAAGCUUGCCCGCCGCGGGGUAGGUCUGCCCGAGACCGGUGAUUUGGAAAAGCGCACUACCGCUUCCCGCAAGAAGCACGGGGUCAUCUUCCCGUGGGGUACCAAGCCCGGCGGCGGUAACCACGGCAGCUAA